AUAUGCAAAUCGCAGGGAGGGCCAGGCCCUAUAAAGGCUGAGCCUAGACAGGAGCUGCUACCACACACUCCCUCUGACAUUUGCUGGAUUUACAGGUCACUGAGCAGCACUGCGAACAUGGUGAAAUACUUUUCUGUGGACUGGCUUGCCCAGAGCCAUCACAACACCGCGGCGAGAGAGGAGCACGGAGAUGUCACGGAUAUUGCGCCGACCUGCAGGCCACAUAUUCCCUGCGUGGUGCAGCCGCGCCCUCCGACUUAUGGCAAGGGUUACCUGCAGCCAAAACCCAGACCAUCAAAGCCCGCUGAGCACAUGGAUCCAGUGGAGAGCAGCGCGCAUCAGGACUCCAGCCUGUGCUCACCUUUGCAUCCAACAAACUGCGCCUCACCAAUUUCAGAAAUCAGCGGCUACUCCUCCGGGUACGAGAGCGAAGCGGCUUCCUCUGAGUGUCUCUCUGUGGAUGAGGGAAGCGAGGUGGAGAGAGACGGACCACAGCGCCGUGUGCGCACAAAGUUCACCCCCGAGCAGAUCAGCAAACUGGAAAAGAUCUUCAACAAGCACAAAUACCUGGAUGCUGGCGAGAGAGUGAAGACAGCGCAGAAGCUGAACCUCACAGAAACUCAGGUGAGGACCUGGUUUCAGAACAGGAGGAUGAAGCUGAAACGGGAGGUGCAGGACUACCUCGCUCCCCAAGUCCCACCGGUGAUGUUCCAGCCUCUGCCCCCGGUUCAGUACCACGGCAUGGCUGGACAGCAACCUCACUACUCCUCAGCCAGCCCGGCCUUUUACCCACUCCCUGUCCCGCAGCUGGUCCUCCAGCAGCAGAUGCCCCCUCAACACCCCCCGCGUGUCAUGAUCCACAACCCACAUUUCUACUGAAGAACUCCCAACUACAGACUUUUCCGACUGAAACACUUGAAAUCCAAACACGUGCAAUCCAGAGUUGUUUUAUUUGAUGUGUGAUUUUAUUACUUAUAUUUGAUAUAUAAGUUGUAUA